AUGCGCAGUAUAUUUCCACCUCAUAAAAUCCCCGAGGAAUCCAAGAAUUCCACAGGGCAGAAAGGUGUGAUUUCAAGAGGGCUGAAACCCCCACACUUUGUAGUUUAGAAAUUAAGCACAAGAUGGAUAAGUACACAAAACUUCCUGUAGUUCUUGCUCUCUACCCAGGAAAUUCGGAUAUGGUUAGAGUUAUUGAAUAGUGAAGGAAAGGCUCUCUACACAGUCUGUAUUGGCAUUACCGUUACUUCGUAAUUAAUGUAUCAGUGCAGUAUAGCUUUAGGGAAACUUUUAAUGACUGUAAAUCAUCUUCUUUUUUAGCUGUAGGUUAUUGCAUUACCCAUGACAAUCAAUUUAGAAAUUCAAGAUCAGUCUCACUGGUACCAAGAUGUCAAGAUUUAUUCAUUUUAUUCGUCAUAGCCACCGUUUUAAAAUGAUGACCAAAUGAUAAGAUUAGAAAUAGAACCCAAAAUAAGUAUCAACCUGGGCACCUUGGAAUUUGUUUUUGUUAUUAAAAAGUCUCUGGAAAUACAUUGGUGUUAUAAAGAUGUCUGGAGAUAUGUGGUUUUUUAAAAAAGAUGUUGUACAGUCUUUGUGAAAACAUUUUAUGUACAGUAACAGCAAUUGUGUCAGUUGUUCCUCGUUCUCUCUCCCUCCCAAAUUCAGGAAAUAAAACUGCAUGCAAGUUUAGUUCCUGAAUCUUUAAUGAAAUCUCCUUUUCGGUCACAAAGUAACAAUUAUAGGGAGCAAUCUCUUGCUAGGGGAGAGCUACUCUGAAUAGCUUCCUUUGACUGUAUCUCCGCAGAUGUAAUCCAAAUAACGCUCAAGUAUAAUUAAGCUCUUGAAAGUUAUUAGAUGAGCAAGUCAGCGACAGAAGCGAAGGCAUAUUUUGCUGCAGUGAUCCAGCCGCCUUCUCUUUUUUUCCCAAUGGCUCAGCACGUUUUAUCUUUCGAAAUAAAAUUGAAAAUAAAAUACAAACGCUUCAAGGAUAGGAAAAAAAGAACUGCAAGCUGAAAAGUGGACGUUUGGUACUUCAAAGGAAGCGCCAACAACGAGCGCCAAUGAAUCGCACCCCAAAGCCUGCGCAAAAAGAAAACUACGAUUCCCCCUCCUCUUUCCACCUGUGGUUGCGAGAAGGCCAAAGCAAUUGCAUGCUGGGAGUUGUAGUCCUCUCGAUGUUUCCCAGCGUCGUUUGUCAAAGCGUCCAAUGGCUCUUUCCUCCAGGAGGGGCGGGUUAAGCCCGUCGAAUGCUUAUUGGCUCUCGCAACUGCCAGUCUUUAAUAGCAACUGUUGAUCAUAGCAACUGAACGACGCCUGCUGUAGGAAGGCGGCAUUCAGAUUGGGAAGCGGACGGAGGGUGGGGGACGCUGCAAAGCAGGUAAGGAGCGGAGAGGAACCGGGCCAGUGCAACUCCGGGCGGGGGGACAGCUGCGUUGGGGCAUCCCAAGUCGCCCGUGGAGCCAGCUAGGUCGCUGACCGGGAGCUUGCAGGUUGCAGCCAGAGUGAGCAAACAUGCCCUAAUUCUUUAUCCGUGAUAUUCCUUCAAAGGCUUUCGUUUCAUGGCCGUCUCAUCUAAUUCCUUAGAAAUGCACCUUCAGCAGUGCUGUGCAUGCCUGGUCACCAAUCUGAAUAUACUAUUGCACCCAGUGCUAUUUUUCUAGGGAAAAGAGGUGCUGGAACUCCUCAUGAACGCCUCCCUUGUUCUCUUAUAAUGGCAAUGGCGCCCACCGGUGAGUUCCAGCUGGGGGAAAAAAACUCUGAAUGCACCCACUGCAUAGAUGGGGAACUGAUGGCUUGCUCUCAUCCUGUCCUGAUCUAAACACUCAGCUAGCCCAUAAUUAUACUUCAAGUUUAGCUUGGCAUCUGUUUAUGUGAACUCAGGGCCGACCUACACUGUGCUACUUCCCUCUGGCUUAAGGAGGAGGAAGACACAGAAUUGCUUGAUUCAGGAUUUCCCAAACUUGGGUCUCUGACAAGAGCAGGAGACUCUUCAUUCAUCUGGCAAAGUCUUUUCCAGAGCUACUGACUGGGAAGAGGCUAUUGUGAAGGCUUAUUGACUACAAUGGCAGCACAUUCACACAGGGAAUUUACCGAUUAGUUCAAGACUAAUCAGCUGCACCUGCAAGUGAAGUGAUCAUUUUCAACACAUGUGUCAGGGUAGGGGAAUUACAGAGUCAAGAAAAGUAGUAAUCUGCAUAGGGCAGGUUUGGGGAACCAGUUCCUCUCAAAAUGUUGCUGAACUGCAACUGCAGUUAUCCCUGGCCAUUGGCCAUGCUGACUGGGACUGAUGGGAGUUGGUGUCCAAUGACUUCUGGAAGGUCACACAAGUUCCCCUGUCCCUGACACUGAGGAAUACUACACAAAACCAGGGCUUUUUUCCACUGCAACUCAGUUCCAGCACCUCUCAAGUGGGCACCAUUGCCAUUAUAAGAGAAGAGUGGAAGCAUUCGUGUUGAGUUUUGGCACACCUCUUUUUCUAGCACUGCACAAAACUGAUCCUAAAGAAAGGAAGGGAGGGGGAAAUAAAUAAUUAAAUCACACAUUAUGGUUGCGGGAUCAGUAAUAGGUCAGGAGAUAUAGCCUGAUAAUGGCCCAGAAAAACUGGUUGAUGUUUUCUCAGUCAGAGUGACUGGUUGGGAGAGAUAUGAAGAUUUCUCAAGCAUUAAUUUUGCAUGUGACAUAUGCCUGUCACAAAGAUGUUUCAAAGAAGGCAAAGUUUUUUUAAAAAAAGAGAACUAAAGAAUCUAAAAAAAAUAUUGUUUCGAUCUGCACUCAAAAACCCUUACUAUUCUCUACCCCACAUGGCAUCUAUAAAACAUAUAUCUGUAGUGAAAGUUGCUUAAAUUUGUUUCUGGGUAAAUCUGAAAAAAAAAUGUACAAGCAGAUUACUUCCAGAGGGUUAGUGAUAUUUUGCUGCAGCAAACGAAACCAAAGAAACUUGUGGCGCUUUAAAGAUUAACGAAAGUAUGGUGACACAAAUGUACGUGCAUCGCAGUGCAUUUCAUCACAUGCUGCUGCUUGUCUGGCAGUGAUAUUCUGAGCAUAUUUCCUGUUGCAAAGGCACAAAGUAGCACAGCAGUCCAAUGCACAAUGUAAAUCCAUUCAGUAACAAACAUGUAAAAUGAUUAUCACCUGCAGGAUUACUGUGUGCAGUUGUGUAGAGAGCUACAGCCUAAAAUGAUAUGACCAUGGUCUGCAGCCUCUGAUAUUUAGUACUAAACCCUCUCUUUCAUACAGACCAUGGUGAAGAUCCCCCACUUUCAUUUCCAAAUGAUACAGGAUUCCGUUCCACAUGAUGCAAAAUAUUGAAAAGAUUAACCUGACUUGAGUACUGUUGUCACCUUAAGUAUAUUAGCAGCAAGGCCUUCCUAGGGCAAGUACACAGCAGUUGUCUUCACAGGAAGCUCAUUGGAGGGGCUGGCUGGCUAGUUAAAGGACACCUGUCUUAUUUUGUAGUUUUCUGCUUGUGUAGAGAUUAUCCCCAUAGUAACCUUGUGAGGUAGGCCAGGCUGAGAGACUGUGGCUGGCCCAAAGUCACCCUGGUUGAAACCUGGUCUCUCCGGUUCUGGCCAACACACUAAUCUCUACAUCACACUGACUCUCUUUACCCCAGUUUUUGACAGCGCUCUCUCUCUCUCCUCUUCCAUUCAUGAUGCGCUCACUGAAAUUGUUGAGUUUCUCCCCAUUCAUACCUUCAUUUCCCAUUACCUGGAUUCACAAACUGGGUUUUUAGAAAUUAUGGGCUUUCAGAAAAAAAUACCAGAGGAGUCAUAGAAAUAUAUUGUGUGACUGCUGUACAAAUUUCAAGGUUAAAAUUAAAACACUCAGAUAUUAGAUCACUUCAGUAUUCAGAUAUUAUAUCUUUUCAGACUUUAGCUGUAAAAAUACGAGGCAGUUUGUUUUCUGACAGAAGCAUGGAUCUUCAAGGACUGAGAUGUCAAGUACAUUUGUUAAAAAGAACUUCAUGUUUUACACCUGUGUAUUCUGAUGAUUCAGUUCUUUCAUAAUGAAAUAAAUUACAGUCUUUAAUGGGUACUGCACAUAAACGUGAUGUUUAAAUAGUUCAAUCUGGUCACUGAUUAAUCGUUCUUUCUUCUUGGUACAGACAUCAUCCAUGUCUUUGCUGAUAACUAAUUAACUUUCCUCCCCUUGAGCACCUAGCAACAUGGUAGUUUAGUUUCAUAAAGCUAACUAUUUCAGCCCAUUAGAUAAUUAGAAGAACAUACUUCUCUGUUUUUGUUACUUUUAUGUCAAUACAAAAUACUUAAAUACAAAGUUAACAGCCGCCUGUAGUUCUGCUAAUGCACUGUCAGUUCUAAACAUUAUUUCAUGACUCAAGAUUUAGGUUGGCCAAAUGCACAACUACAAACACCUGGGCUAAAACGCUUAACAGUUACCUUUCGCUCAGAUGACAGUGUCAUGGAAAAGUGUUUUUAAUUAGCCCAAAGCUGGGGGGGGGUUUGAGCAAAAUAUAAUUAUAUUUUUGAGCUGCGGUUCCAAAAGACCAAACAUUGUCUACCUAAAUAAAGGUUGUAGGGAAACAGUAGAGGCCCUUAGGAGCCUUGGUCACAAUCUAUUGGGAAUUUUUUCCACCUCAAGUGAACUGCAUUAAUUUUUAUCAUUCUGUUCCACAGCACUCAUGUCAAAGAGUGCAGGAGGAGUUUAAAGAGCUGUUCCCUUCUAUUGACUCAGAGUAAAAAGAUUGUGGCAGGACCUUUUCAUAAACCACACCCUCAGAUCUAGUUGUUCUUCUGUAAUCUUGGUUGUGUCAUGUCUGGCUGUGGUUACUGAACUAAGGGAGUUAUUUAACAUGCACAAAGCUAUUGUGAUUAUUUCGCAUAUUACAGGGCAGAAGUUCUAGCACUUAAAAUAGGUCCUGAUGGUUGAGGGUUCACAUAUAACCCUGUGAAGAUGCUCCUUUGUGCCUUCCACCAUGGACCAAAAUCAUCACGCUUCUAGAAGGCUAUGUCUGUAUUUGAGCUUUUGGGGUGUGGUUCGUACGAUUAUGCAGUUUCUAUUUUGCCCUACUUUACAUAGCUCUGGCUAUUUCUUAACACUGUCUGCCCAGCCAUCCAACAUUAUUGAUUGUAGCCAUUAGCUACUGAUGCUGUAUUAAUGAGCUCCUCUCACUCAUUCUUGAUAUCUGGUAUUUUCUUUCCGCUUUCCAAAGUUUCAGCACUCAAAAAGAAGGGUCAGAGUUACAUGCAUUUUUUAACAAGUCAACAAAAACAAUACACCAUAGCUUUAGGGCAUCAGUUUGAUAAGUAGCUGUUUUAGGAACUUUCUGCCUUGCCUUGUAAACCGCUUUUCUAAAAUUAGCUCUGUGAUUAAUCUCAGAAACGCCAGUGUUGUCUUUGUUCAUGUGACUAGACUGUUUGGAUGACUUGAGAGAGAAGCAAAUCACAUGUUCCAAUCUGUGGUUAUUCCAGUUCUCUGUAAAGUGGUGAUUGACAGCUUCCCUAGCCACCAAUUUGAUGCUUGGGUCAUCCUUUGUGAUUUUUCCGGACCCUGGAAGUAUGGUUGCCAUCUUUCAAAAAGAGAAGAUCUGGACACAAAAGUUGUUGAGCUUUCUUUGGCAAAGUUUGUCUGAGUUUUCCUGGACGUUUCAGCAAUUUCCACUGUUUCUGGGGCUGGGUACCACCUAUGUCUGGGAAAUUCUGGACAUAUGGCAAACCUACCUGAAAGUCACACAGGGAAAGAAGAGAGUAUUUGCUCAAAUCUCUCCCUGUGACAUCAGGCUUAGCACUUAACUUGGGUUGGAUCGCAUUCUAUAUCUCCCAUCUCUUUUGUUAUCUGCUUGUUAGAAUUCAGUUUCUGGUAUAGCGUUGGGUUAAACACGGUGACACUUUGAAAAAUAAAUAAAAACAGUGACUCAAAUUAUGAAGCUGCUAUUUCGUUUCCUGUUAUGCACAUCAUUUCCACAUGAUGGUGCUGGAGUUAUUCCCCCCCCCAUACACUUUAAAAAAAUCUUCCUCCAUUCAUCUUUUCUGUAUAAGCAAUUCAUUAAUGCUUCGUUCUUAAGAACAGAAGCAGCUGCUUUAGCAGAGCUAUGAUUUCUAUUCAACUAGCUUGAUGACUUUAGCAGCCCCUUGCCUAGACCCCUGUCUUAUCAUCGUGGAAUCACUGAGUUGUAAAGGACUGUGCAGUCAGUCAUUUAGUCCAACCCGGCUUUGCAAUUAGGUGUGUUGAUAGUCUCAGGAGUGUUAAUGAAACAGCAUGUAACUUAAUAUAUUUGCCCUAAGCAACCUUGAAAGGUCACAGAGGGACACUCAAAUAGCGCAUAGCUAUGCUCAACCCAAGGAGCAUCCUCUGUACUUUUUUAUUAUUAUGCAACCCUGCAAGCCAAGGAGAUAAGUAACUAAUAUGGCCUUUAGAAGAAGGCAGCCCUGUAUAGGGAAGGGUUUUGGGUUUUUUUAAGUUUAAUGUUUUGUUAUGUUUUUAUAUAUGUUGGAAGUCACCCAAAGUGGCUGGGGCAACCCGGGCCUCUGAUGGACAGGGUAUAAAUAAUAAAACUGUUGUUGUUUGUUGUUACGGAAUAGAAUAUCCCUGUUUUCAUCAGAGAAAUAUCGGAGGGCAUGUUACAGUUGUACACCACCCUUCCUCCAAAACUAGCCUAGAGUGGCAAAUCUGAAAAGCAAUUUCAAUACAGAUUCAGACUCGGAAAAAUCGGAGGGAGGCAGGAAGGCUUGUUGGAAGGUAUUCAGUAGGUGCCAAAAGAAAACAAAGAUGGUGCCUUUCAGGGAAGGGGGAGGGAUUGCACAGCACUAAAGGCCCAAUUUCUUGUGCAGAGCCGACCUGCUGUUAAGAUGGCAUCUGCAGGAAGCCCUAGCCUGUUGAGCACAGUGAUCAGCUGGGUAUAUAAAGAGUGAGGCUAUCUUUCAGCUAUUCUGGUCCCAAGCUGUAUAGGGCUUUGUUCACCAAAGCAGUAUCUUCAGCUUGACCUGGCAGCUAAUUGGCAACCAGUGCAAGUCUUUCGACAUUGGGGUGACAUGUUGGCAACGUCCCGCCCCAGUGAGUGGUCAAACCACUGCAUUUUGCAUCAGCUGAAGCUUCCGGACCAACCUCAAGGGCAGCCCCACAAAGAGUGCAUUGCAGUAAACCAGUCUGGAGGGGACCAGCACAUGGAUGACAGUGAUGAGGUAAAAUGUACUCCUAGUCUGGGCCUCUAGCGAUAGAGGUGAAGCCAGGAGCACCCCCCAGACUAUGAACCUUCACUUUCAGGAGGAAUAUGACUCCAUCAAAAGCAGGGAAUGCACACUCGGAAACCUCAGAGUCAGUUUAUUGGACCUCAUCCAGGCUGAGUCCAGGCUCCUUUGCAAGGAAUUUUGGGGUGCAGGUUUUUGGAUUUUACCGCUUGGAGCAGCAAAAUUACUUGGGCUAAACUGAAGCAAACAUCGUUCUGCCUCAGUAGCACAAAAGGCAACCUUUGCCUUUCAGCUGUUUUGGACUACAACUCCCAUGUCUCAGCCAGCACUGUCACGCAACUAAUGGGAUGUAACUAUCAUGUUAUGAAUGAGUUUUUAAGCCACCCCCCUGAAUUCCGCCUCAUUAUCCACAUUGAUGUGCCAUCUAUUUUCCAGGCAGAAAUCUUUCAAAAUGGCUGAAAGCGCAGAGACUCCCGUACCGCGUUCUGCUCCUGGUUCAGCGAAGAAACCUAAAGCUAAAGGAUCGCCGAAACCUAAAAAGUCACCCAAAGGAUCGCCAAAAGGCUCACCCAAAGGGAAGCAAAGAAGUGCUGGUAAGUAUAAUACUGCAGAACUGUGGAACUAAAGAAAGUAAUUUGUCGGGAAUUUGGAUGCCAGGCAACAAUACGUGUGACAGUAUGCCCAACAACAUUUCUCUGUGAUGUUUUCAUGUACAGUCGUACCUUGGUUGUUGAACGGAAUCGGUUCCAGAAGUCAUUUUGACUUCCAAAAAUGUUUGACAACCAAGGCACGGCUUCUGAUUUUCUGAGUUUCCUGCAGCCAGUUAGAAGCCAUGGAAGCUGCGUGGGACGUUCGGGUUCCAAAGAACGUUCACAAACCGGGACACUCACUUCCGGGUUUGUGGUGUUAAGGAACCAAAACGUUCGAGUUGCAAGGCAUUCGGGAUACAAGGUAUGACCGUACUCAAAAGCUGAAGGUUUUCAGUUAUUGUUGAUGGCUCCCCCACCCCUCCAUUUCAGCUAAGACAGCUCCUUGAAAAGGCCGGGGCGAAACUCAACAUGUUGCAGAAGCGAAAGUGGUAAGUUCAGUGGGUUGGGUCCUCAGAAUAAUCAGAUGAAGGAAGCACACGUGGAAGUAAGUUGCACCUUCCCCCAACCCCCUCUUCACCACAAUCCCCUGCACUUCCUGAAAAAGUUGGAGGAUUGGGCAAAAUUGGGUAGCUUUGCAUUGGCUUUGUGGUUUUAGACAGUUCUCCCUUUUCCCCUACGGAGUCUACCAUACCCCAUCCCAAGCCAUGCCAAGUUCUGUGAUAGGAAAAGAGGGCAGCAGUAGAGUUGGGAGGGCAGAUGCACACAUGACUCACCCCUCCCCCCAAAAAAGAUCCUGGAAACUGUGGCUUCCCCUUCACAGAACUACAGUUGCCAGUACGCUGAACAAACUAAAGCUCCCAGGAUUCUUUGUGAGGGGUGUCACCUGCUUUAAAUGUGUGUUGGUUGUGCUUUAAAUGUAUCAGUGUAGACCUGCCCUCCCGAGUUUCUAAAACUUUCCUUCCAUGAUUUUUCUUCCAUUGUGUUUUUUGGGAUCCAAUGCGUUGUUGGGAAUUAUUAGGAAAGGGCUGAAAAUGUAUCUGCCAGUAUUAUGUACACACACACACACACACACAGAGAGAGAGAGAGAGAGAGAGAGAGAGAGAGAGAGAGAGAGAGUUUGGCCACAUUUGGAGUAAUGUACAUUUGGCUAUUAUUAUCUUGUCUGGGGAAAAUAUAUAUAUAUAUCAUAUAGCACUGGCUAUGAAAAGAACAACCGAAAUGAUAAAAGUGCAACUUUAAAGUGUUUCGGGGCCUUUUAAUUCAGGAAAAAAUAUUUUGUGGGGUGCAUGAGAAAGGUUUAUGAAGUUGCGAAUGGAAGAGAUUUUAGCAGCCGCAGCCCCCAGGCUAGAGCUCACCCACUGAAAUUGAUUGACGAAAGGAGGUUUUAAAAUGGAAUUCAACAAAUUCAUGGGGUAUACUAGUCCUCAUCAUUUUAUGAAACCUCCAGGUGGAAACAGAAUUAUAGCUUUUUUAUUUUAAAGCGCCUUAAAAAUGUACUGUACACAGAUCAGAAGCAUGAGAUCGUGUCCACAGGCUUACAAUCUAAAAGUCAUGAGGGAAAAAAGGGAUGGGGAGAGAAAAGGAAAACAAGCAAACUCAGAUAGUGUAAUACAGUGUGACCUCUGAAUAAGAGAUACUGGAGAAGACAAUGGUGUGAGUGGGUUGUUCAUGCCUUCGGUUCCAGAGGAUACUUGACAAGAAUUUGCCCUUGGUCUGCUUCAGCAGGGCUCUUCUUAAUGUUCUUAUGCUAAGACCCCACUUUAUCUCAUUUCAGCAAAAAAAGAUGAAGAAGUGGAUUUAUCGAUGGCAAGCAUGGGUAAGUUCGACACGGAAAAAACAGUUUUUGAAGAAUAUGCAGCAGACAUAGAGUCUUAAGGCCAUAAGACUAGCUGUGAAAGGAAAAAAGAAAUAUUUCUCUUCAGAAGCUGCAUCUUCUGCCUUUUAGCUAUGGGGAAAAUAACACAGAACACAUGUCCGUUUGAGAAGUUGUAGGAAAGAGGAGCAGAUCAUUAGCUGGGAUUCAUAAGUGCUAAGUAGAAUACAGUAGAAUACAGUGUACAGUGGUACCUCAGGUUAAGAACUUAAUUCGUUCUGGAAGCCCGUUCUUAACCUGAAACUGUUCUUAACCUGAGGUACCAAUUUAGCUAAUGGGGCCUCCCGCUGCCGCAGCCACGCAAUUUCUGUUCUCAUCCUGAAGCAAAGUUCUUAACCCAAGGUACUAUUUCUGGGUUAGCGGAGUCUGUAACCUGAAGCGUCUGUGACUUGAAGCGUCUGUAACCCGAGGUACCACUGUAUCUCAUAAGACAUUUAGUAUGUGCAGUGCAAUGGUUAGGCUGGGAUCUCAGAGACUCUGGUUCAAAUUCCCUUUUGAUCAUGAAGCUCAGCCGGCGACCUUGGGAAAGUCACUGUUUCUCAGCCUAAACUACCCUACAUGGUUGUAGUGAGGAAAACAUGGAGAGGGGAGAACCAUGAGCUCCUUGGAGGAAUGGUGGGAUAAUAUCCAUCUAUCCAUCUAUAGGGCCCACCAUUUUUGUCCUACUCCAUUUGCAGAAGGUUUCUGGCCAUUUGUGUGGGCUUGUGGGUACUUUCUGCCUCAAGCGAAAAUAUCUCCAUGCCGAUUUCUCUUGGGGCUCCUGGUGCCAAAUUUACGAAAGCGCCAGAUAUCUCUCUCCUCCUUUUGUAGGUUUUAAUGAAUAGCUCCAGUUGAGCAGGUGCAGUGGAGGACCAGAAAUGACAGGGCUUAAGGGAUAAAUGUAGGGUUUAUGAAAUGUAACAUAUUAAGUGAGAGACGUUUGCUGAGGGAUUUAGAUUUCUGGAUGAGCCGGAUUAAAAUAGGAUUUAGCAUUUUGUCAGUUCAAAAAAAAAAAGGGGGGGGAUUAAGUGAGUGAAGACUUUCUCCCCAAAGCAUGUGUACGUAAAGCUUAUCAAUAUUCCCAAAUUUAUAUUUGUAAAUGCCUAAAAAUUUAAAAAGCCUGUCCUUGACAUCUUCACGGACAUAAAUUCCUUCACCCUGAGCCACUGAGCUCUUUUCUAUCCAUAAUAUAUCCACGGUGCUUGCCUCGUUAACUGCAAUAAAGGGGUUUCGUUUUAGGGCAGCGUACAUCAAGUAUGGAAAUAGUAUAUGGCAAAAGAAGUAAAAAGGUAUUGCUCUGAGGGGGUGGGAAUCUCGUUUAAUUUCACUGACACUUGUAAGGGUACUAAAAGUAUCUAGUUAUACUUGUUGAAGAAUUCUAGAGUGUGUGGGACAAAUUGGUACUUGAAAUACAGCGAGCCUUUUAAGAAGAGGUGUUUCUGUAUUGUUCUUUACUCUUUCAGGCCACCCGGAAAUCUUCCCCUUGGUCCUCACGGAGAAAACUCAGGAGAUAUUUAAUUGCCGUGCUGACAUCGAUGUCACGGCAGAAAACCCUCACAAACUUUUGAAGAGAGAGGACAUCAUCGAUGACAUGAAAGCAAGAGCUGCAGUUUCUGACUUCCAUCCUUUCAAAAAAAUUAUCUUAGUGAGUUACCCUGUCGGGGCAUGUUGUAUACCGGGGGUUGUGCUGGAAUUCGGUAAACUGAUCGUCUAACUUCAUUUCACUUAAGAUUUGUUACUCCUCCUGGCAAACAAAGUCCUUUUGAGCACAAGCUUAGAAGUGGCUGUGAUGGAGGCAUGAGGUUCACAAAAGGAGUGCCCAACAUUAACACGGAUUGUGGUGUAUGUGUUGCCCACAACAGUUUCUCUGGUUUGUAAAUGUACCUAUGGGCCCCAGAAAUGACCCCUAGUAUAUGGUGUGGGAUGAGCAGUUGUGAUCUAGAAAGAAAUCCGUUGCAUUGGCAGGCAGAGGGCAUUCUAGAACGUAAUGGGAAGAAGGAGGAUACAUUGAGGAAGAAGCUUAAGGGACCCUGCUCCUCUGAAGCAGUUAGUGCUAGACCAAAAACGUAAGCGGAGAACCUUCCAAUCCAUCAGUAUUAAAGUGAUGUCAUAGAAUCGUAGAAUUGGAUGGGACCCCAAGGGUCAUCCAGUCCAACCCCUUGCAAUGCAGGAAUCUAAACUAAAGCAUCUAUGACACAUGGCAAUCCAACCUCUGCUUAAAAACCUCCAAGGAAGGAGAGUCCACAACCUCAUGAGGGAGGCCGUUCCACUGUACCAAAAUGAUUAAGGUUUUAAAUGACAAUUUUAGUGAUCAAGAUUUAAUAUAUAUUUUAAACUGCUGCUAUAUCUGAAUUGUCUCUGUUAUACCCAAUUGCAAUUCAAUGUAUUCCUGUUGUGUUUUAUGAUUUUCCUGAUAUUGUAAGUGAGCUGGAACUGGUCAGUGACCGUAAUAAUAAAAUUAAAAUAAAAUUCAAGUCUUGUAAGGAUUCAACCAUUUAAUAUCCAUUAAAGCAUGCCUAGUUUUGACAGGAGAGAUUAUCGUUUGGAGAAUGUACUGGGCCGUUCCACUGUUGAAUACCUCUUACUCUCAGAAAGUUUUUCCUGAUGUUUCGUCGGAAUCUCCUUUCUUGUAACUUGAAUCCAUUGGUUCGAGUCCUAACCCCGCAGAGCAGGAGAAAACCAGCUUGUUCCCUCUGUCAUGUGACAGUCCUUGAGAUAUUUGAAGAUAGCUAUCAUAUCUCCUUGGUCUCCUUUUCCCUAGCUUAAACCUAUCCAGCUCCUUCAACUGUUAGUUAUAGUUGGAUGUAGAAAUCAUUUAAAACUGCUUAAAACUUUUCAACUGUUUGUAUUCACACAGGAAUAUCCUGGGGAAGAACUUCUGGUAGUCUUUGACAGGGAAUUAAAAUAUGGGCAAAUAUUUUAUCUUAUUGCGACUGAAGAGGCCAAGGAAAGCAUUUUACAUGUAAGGCAUUUAAAAAAAAAACAACAGCAUUUAUCUUUAUUUGUAUCGUAUUGAUACACUUUGUAUUGAUACCUUUGCAAAUAUUUUUCCUGAUAGCCUCCCGAGCCAGAGGAAGAGGAAGGGGAGGUCAAAGAGGGCACCCCAGAAGAAUAUGUGUACAAGCCUCCUGUGUGGAAACCUUGGGUCUCGCUUGGAAGUGAAAAAGAAAUUGAAGAAGAAUCGGUUAAGGAAAGAACGACAAAGGUCAGUCUUCCUAACAGUGUCUUAUACAGUCGUACCUUGGAAGUCGAAUGGAAUCUGUUCUGGAAGUCUGCUUGACUUCCAAAACGUUUGGAAACCAAAGCGCGGCUUCUGAUUGACUGCAGGAAGCUCCUGCAGCCAAUCGGAAGCUGCGAAAGCCCCGUCGGACGUUCAGCUUCCAAAAGAACGUUCGAAAACUGGAACACUUACUUCCGGGUUUCGAUUGUUCGGGAGCCAAGACAUUUGAGAGCCAAGGUACGACUGUCUACUUUAAAUAACAGUCUUAAAUAUACUAUAUUUUUAAAAGCAAUAAACUGUAGGAUCCUGGAUUGCCCAAUUUUGACUAGAAAUCUUUCAGAUUUCAAAGCCUGAGUAGGGAGUGGAUUUAAAAAGCAUCUGGAAAAACAAAAACCUAACUCUCACAGAAUCUUUGCUAGCCUUGGCCAAAGUGUGGAUUUUAAGCAGAGAAAAUGAGGUGGUAACCUGUGAAAUACUCCACAGAAGAGGACCUGUGGAUGUGGAUGAGAAGGUUUGGUGAGAAUACUUGAGACUACUCCACCAACAAACUGGUCUCAUAACAAGCACGUCCCAAGAGUUCAGUUGUUUCUUCCCAUGGGGGAAUGAUGAGCAUGUUGAAAAAUGGUCGUAAAAAUCAGAUCAAACACAGGUCCUGUAAGAGAUCUUAAAGAUCUGUUAUUCUCUAUUUUAUGGCUGUGUGCCAUACCCUCAAGACAAUGCACAGUCAAACGUAUAAAAACAAGAGUUUCCAUUGAGAAAUAUUUUGGCUGAAAUUUCAGGUUAAAUAUAAGAUUUCUCGGCGGCAGAGAGAAUUUGGGGCUCGGGUUAAAUUUCACAACAGAAACGCUUCGGCUGACCCUAAACAUGGCUACGUGGAAUGUACGAGUUAUUUCGAUAAGAACUUUACCAUUCGGCAGCUUGAGAAAAAUGUUGGCACUCAGGUUGUCCCGAUAGUAGAAGAAACAGGAACUCAAACAAAAUGGUAAGUAUAAGACCCUUUUUUAUAUAUUAAAAAACCAUUUUAAAUAAUUUAAAAAAAGAAACAAUGCCCCCAUUAAUUUCGGGCCAGGAAAUUUUCUGUCAUCUGAAUGGAGGGAAACCUAGAAUCAGGCACCUUUCACUUUUUAAAAUUUACUUUCAAGCAGAGCAGUAUGAAGCAGAGUGCGCCAUUUCAGAUUAUUUAUUUUUAUUACAUCAUGCCUUUCUUGCCUGAUGCGGUUCAAGGCAACAUACAUGGGCUUCCUACUUGGCCGCCCAUCCAGUUACUGACCAGACUUAUACCUGCUUAGCUUUAACAAGGAUUGCUAACCACAUCAUGCUGUUAUAGCACUAGCAUAGCACUUUAAUAGUCAUGGCUCCUCCCCACCCCCCCAUGAAUCAUGGGAACUGUAGUUUGUUGAAGGUGGUAGGGACUGUAGCUCUGUGAAGGUUUUCCUAACAACUCUCAGCAGCUUUAACAAACUAUAUUUCCCAGGAUUUCUUUUGGGGGGGGGAUUGGGGGGUGGAAUCCAUUACUGUUAAUGUGGUAUAAUAGCACUUUAAAGGUAUGGUGUGGUUGCUAUAUUAUGCAACUUCAGAUCAUUCCCAGGGAUAUGUCUUCUGACUAUUACCUGAGAUUAUGUACUUCAAACAUCACUUCCUGACAAACGACUACAUUUUCUUUUGUGAGGAUGGGACUAGGCACAAUAUUAGAUGGGUCUAAUGCAAAAAAAAAAAAAGUUCUUCUCCACUCCUCAUAUUUUUUACUACUAUUAUUCAUUAUUUAUUAAAUUUGUAUACCACUCUUCACCCAAAGAUCACAACAUAAAACUACAAAAUGCGGACACAAAAUACAUAACGAAACAAAAACAAACUAAUACCGCCCCCCAACACAUUCAAAAGGCCAUAGAAUGUUAAUCAGCUAAAGGCCUAGUUAUGUAAUGAGGGCACCAGGCGAGCCUCCCUGGGGAGAGCAUUCCACAAAUGGGGAGCCACCGCAGAAAAGGCCUGUUCUUGUGUUGCCACCCUCCGGACCUCUUGUGGAGGAGGCGCAUGAAAUCCUUCUCUCCGCUGCCACUGGUGAGCCAGGUUUGACAGGUCCAAGCAUGGCUUUGCCUGCCCCACAAAUGAUGUCUUACAUGCCUUCAAGCGUAGGCCUAGUUAGGCCUACAGGUCAGAGAGGCUGCCCACAGCUGGUUUAGCCAGACUUACCUGUGUGCUUUCUCAUCUCCCAUCAGUAACAGAUGGUGCUGUGGAGCAGGAAUGCGGGAACACUGGGAAAUGCGUGGCAUACACAACUCUGGCUAAAGGAGGAAACACUCUGUGAAGUUUCAUCAAUUCUGCCUUCAUUGUUUUGGAUUUUCCUUUUUUCUUCCCAAAUUUUUCUGAACAGUGUGUUUUCACUCGCCUUAGGACCUACCCCAAAAAUGCAACAACGCAGUAUUUUCCAAGGGACUUUUCAGAUGAAGAAAAAGAAAAGUAUUUGUCAUCGGAAGACCUGAAAGACUUCAUUGUCUCUGUGGCUUUAAGGUGAAAUAUCAAGGUCCACUGAAAGUUCUGUAUGGAGACGUAGGCAAGAUUUCUUGCAGUCAUAAAGUAUCAGGAUAGGAUGACUUGAGGAAUACUCAGCCCAAGAAAUUAUAUAUAAAACUGUUGAUCUUGAAGACUUCUGCUUUCCCUCCUUAGGGUUCUUAAUCUUUAAACCAGACAGCCCUUCAAACAGGGAACUGUCCUCUGUAAAGGUGGACACAUGACCACUCUAUAAAGCACUUGGACAUAUUUUUAUUUGCAGCAUCUUGAGCAGCUCCUGGUGUCAUGUAGAAUAUGUCUUCCUCUCAAAUGUGUGCCCUAAGAUCUGUGUAAUAGGUCUGGAGCAAUGUUUCCCAAACUUACUGGUAGGUCUCCAGCUUUUUUGGACCACAGCUCCAUCAUCCCUAGUUAGCAAGACCAGUGGUCAGGGAUGAUGAGAAUUGCAGUCCGAAAACAGCUGGAGACCCAAGUUUGGGAAACACUGGUCUACAGUAUCAAAUAAAGAAGCCAUGGCACAUAAUCCUUUCGUGCUAGUGACACUAUUUUUUAAAAUUAAAAGUGCAUCUUCCCCGAAAUAACAAAUCUACGCUAUACCACGAUUUGAGAUGCAGUAUCUGAUUUUUUUUAUUAAAAACAAAACAAAAAAAACAUGUCCCCGUUCCAGAGUUGAAAUAGCACUGCAGCAGAAUGAGAUCCUGAAUGCCUUCUUUGACGACUGGAAAGCCCUUGCGGAAGACGAAAGUGGCUUUGCAGGCAAGUCCGACGUUUCCCUCAAGGAGUACCAGUCAUUCACAGACCUGCAUUACCUCAAGGACAGGACUGUGAGCUGCGUCUGCUGGCACCCAACCAUUUAUGGUAAGGUUUGCAGAGCGUUCGGUUUGUGGGCAGAAACUUUGUGAGGGUUGUUCUGAAGUCUUGGGUUUAAAGAUUAGCCACUGUGCCCAUUCCACUGGCCCUUUCUCUGAACAAAUCAGCAGCACAAAGGAAAAUGAGAUGAGGAAAUAUUUUGUAACGUACUAGCACAAGGGUACUCAACGUGGUGCCCUUCAGAUCCUGUUGGAUCUCAACUCUCCCAUAAGCUCCAGCCAGCAGUCAAUGGCUAGGGAUGCUGGGAGUUGGAAUCCAACACAUCUGGACUGCACCACAUUGGCUACCCCCGUUUUAGCAAACUUGGGUUACCUCACACUAGGCAAGCUGUAACAGAAAUGAAAGUGAAACGGAUGUUAUUGCUGCAGUCUCUUAAGAGUCAAGCUGCAUGUUAACACCAGUGACGUAGCAUGGGGGGCCCACAGGGUGGUUGCCCCAGGCCCAAAAUUGUUAGGGGCACAAAAUUUCAACACCCGGCACUGCCUCAAUACAGGUGUGGGCUUCUGUUGAAAAUGGCUUCUCCAUGCAAACCAGGAAGUGAGCUCUCCAAACAAUGGAACGACUUCCUUUUCUUAUUCCUGAGGCUGCAACUCUUGGGUGAUACAGACACUGUUAGGCCAUUGAAUGUGCAUGUGUACUCGCAUCCGUCCCCCCCCCCUCACAACCCGCCUUCCACACGGCCCCGGGCACCGGCAACCCAUGCUGCUUUAAGACUCCUGCUGCAGGCAGGCUAGAGCCCUGAGCAGAAGUGCUCCACUUAAAGCAGUGUCUGUAACGACUAGAAGACUGUGGGCAGAGUAGACAAGAGAGUUGUUUCUUCACUGCCACCCCCACCAUCGCAUUAGGUGGCCCAGAAACUUGAUUAGUAAAAGGCUGAAGACAGCCAAAAGAAAAACAUCUAUUCACGUAACGCUUGUGGAAUUCACUUCCAUCAAGAAGUGAAGGUGAUGAUUAGCUUUUAGGAUUUGUACCUCUUCUAAAACACCCCUGGGCAAUUCUUGCCGCAAUUUCUGACAGCGUGGUUGAGUGUGGACAUGGACCACUUUAAACAGACGCAAAGUUUUACCCUUGCAAAAGGUGAAAUGACAUUUGUCUUCAAUCAGGGAUUAUCGCAGUGGCAGUAACGGAGCGACUGUCUUACGAGGAGCGGGUGAACAACUCUGGGCGACUGCUCUUAUGGAAAGCACCAAUUCUCUUUUGGAGCUUCGCAGACCCGAUUCACCCCCAGGUAUUUAAAGGAGGGCUUGGGUGUUUCUGAGGUGUUUAAAGAACAGAACCAAUAAUUUCAGCAUAAGACUGUCCUCAGAUCUGAUCUAUUCCUCCCUGGAUAUUUAUGUUUUCUAGCUGAUGCUGGAGUGCCCUGAAGAUAUCUACUGCUUUCAGUUCUCCCCAAGCAAUCCCAACAUCAUUGCAGGAGGCUGUAUAAACGGACAGGUUAGGAUUCCAUUACUUUUCAGCUACUUAUUUGCAUUCACAACAUACCUCUUCUACAUCGGUAUUGUGGAAUAAGAUGCUCCGGCAGGUUUGCAGAUAUUUGAGGGACCAGCAAGGGCUAAGGCCCAUGCAGGGUCUGGUCAUUCUCAUCUAACCCUCAAAAUCUGAGGUUGCCAACCUUUUUUGGGGUCUGUGGUCACAUUUGCAAACUAGAGAAAAUGCCAGGAGCAUCACAUACAUGCCACAACCGAGCACACACUGCAACCUGUUCUUUUGGUGACAGCAGAAUGCUUCCUUCAAGCCUAAUUUCAGCACAGGAGUAAGAUCCUAUGGGUGCCAGGGAAGACCUCUGUGGGUCCAUGGGUGCCUGGGGGCGCCGCAUUGGCCAAGCCCUACUCAGAAUGCUAACAUUGCCUACUUGAGUACUUUGAGGCCUCACUAGAUGUUGCAUCACACCCUCGUUUGGAUAAUUCAGGGUUUAUUGAAGUACGCCUGGAAUCCCCAUGCCACUGUGUGGGACUCCUCAGUACCGGAGACAUGUUAAUGCUUUUUUAAAAAAUAAAAUGAUUCCCUUUCUAUUAGUACAAAACAGAUUUCUCCCCGUGAGCUCAGCUGGCCCUCUCUGCAUAUUCUGUAGAGUCCUAUUCUACCCUUCCAUCACGUGGCACAUUAAAGUGUCCAUUAAAACAGGACAAUCUGCCUUCUAACGUGUCGUUUCCCCUCUCUGCCCUCCCAUUCCAGGUUGUACUGUGGGACAUUUCAGCAUAUGAAGAGAGGUUACGAAAUGCGAAGUCCGGUACAGGCGGGAGCAAGAAUACCACAGUUAACAUGGUUGGUACUUUUAAAGAUUCUGCUUUUAGCGUUCCGUAUCAUAAAUUCCUCAAGGAACCACUGAGAAUUGCUUCACAUUUUCUUCUGUGCAUGGAUGAAGUUGCAGGCUUUCCAGAGCACUCGUUUGUGUGCACACAAGGGUAACAUAGGAAUAAGGGGCUGGAAGUGGCGCAGAUCCACCACGCUCGCUUUCUGGCAGGUGGGUCGCUGUGGCUUGCCAGAAGGGGAGAGGAGGUGGCGGGAGAGAAGCUAGCAUGCUGCAAAUGCCCCGCCAGGAGCAUGAGAUGGGCUGUUUUGGUGUGCUCAUGUCACACUGACGUCCCUUCCCUUUCCCCUCUCCUUUAAGCAACAGCAGCCCACCUGCCAGGAAGCUAGUGUAACUGCUCUGCUCCCUCCUCCCAGCAAGAUGCUUCUGCAAGGCACCCCAAAGCUACAGCCAUUAGCAAUUUCCAUUUUUGUGACCACCAGGGAAAGUGAAUGCCCAGUUCCCACAUUGCAUUUGUUUAUUGCAUGCAGUUGCUCCACACUUCUAGGUGGAGAAAAGUACCAUAGGCCUGAGAAUGUACACAUUGCACCGUUUAUUAUAGUUUAUUGAAGAAACAAGUGUUCGAAAUUUGUAAUGAUCCUUUCAAGGGAUCUAAAAGGGACUAGUUCAGGUGUAAAAGGAAACUGUGGCUUUUAGUUGCCCCUGAAAAACAUACACUCAUACAACAUAGAAGUAUUACCCUAUUUUUCUAUGUAUAAGUUUUCCCCCUAAAAAAUAAUGUCAAUCUUCCCCCAUUUUCUUAAAUCUGAGUCUCCAAAAAUAGAGGGCAUCUUAUACAUGGGGGCGUCUUAUAGACGGAAAAAUGUGGUAAUUUUUUUCACUCAGUUCCUAGAAUAUGGGCUAGCUAGAUAGGUCAGGUUGUAUCAAUGAAUUCUUGGCAGUCCCCCCCCCCCCCAGAUGUAUCCAAAAUUAUUCACUAUGUAAACAGGAAUGGCAAGUGGAUGCAGGAAGCAAUGUCCACCAGGAAAGCAUGGAAAAACUAGAAAGAGCUGGGUCAUGCAGUGGAUGCAAAUGAUAGCUCAGUCGGUAGAGCAUGAGGCUCUUAAUCUCAGGACCGCAGGUUCAAACCCUGUGUUGGGGGAAAGAUUCCUGCAUUGCAGGGGGUUAGAUUAUAUGCAGGGAGUUGGAUAACAUAUGACCCACGUGUCCCUUCCAACUCUCAACAUUCUACGAUUCUGUCAUGUAUGGAAAUUAGUGGACACUAAUUUGUGUUCAAUUUCAGCCAAGUUUCAUGCUGGAACAACAAGUUGGGAAGGAGCCGCACUUGGUGAGAUACUGUGCAGUCUCUUCCAUUGAAUAUGGCCAUAAAUCAGUAAUAACAGAUAUACAGUGGUUGCCAGAGUUUUUUGAGGUAAGAGUCCAUCGUAAGUAUUUCAUAAUGCAAAAGAGAAAAAUUACAAAUAAUGCCUUAUUUGUUACAUCUGUAUUACUGUCUGGGACCAACACAGUGAUCUACACUAAGCAACCCAUGCAUAUUAAGCUCAGUAUUAAUUACCCAUGUAGUUUCAAAGGGCUGCUUCACACCAUACUACUUUGUUUUGUUUUGAUGAACGAGAUAAAUUUAAUUAUUGCAUAAAAAACUCUGCAUAUGCUUGUAACUCGUGUGUGUGUGUGUGUGGUUUCCCUUGUGCCCUUUAAGAAAAACGUUGUGUGAUAUGGAUGUUGAGUGUGAAUUUCUAGCCUGUCCUCGUUAUGACAGCGGCUAUAGAUAAUUCCCGUGUUCCAAACACUUUUUACAUACAUUAUUUCAACAACCCUUUCAACAGCUUUGUAAGGUAGGCCAAAUGAUCGUCAUGCUGCAGUCGAGGGGGUAUGGCAGUGGUUUGUCUUAGGCGGCCUAGUAUGUUUAUGAAACAGGCAAGAUUUGAAUUAGGCCCCAUCUGCUCUAUACAUUGACAGCAGCAUCAUGCCAGUUUAAACCUUCACGGCCUCCCCCAGAGAAUCCUGCGAACUGUAGUUUGUUAAGAGUGCUUGGAGUUGUUAGGAGAUCCCUAUUCCCAUCGCAGAGCCGCAAUUGUGUUCUUAACAGCUGGAGGGCCACAGUUUCCCCAUCCCUGCUGUUGAGCAUGCCUGCUUCAAAGUACUUGUAUAGCUACUGCAUUUUGUAUUUUUGUUUCUAAUAAACAUUGUUUUACUUGCUAUUUCUAAGGUCAACAGAAUGGGCACUAUGUUUGAAAACAGAGCUGGAGUUUGUGUACAGCUUGUCACCUGCUCACCAGACUGGUAAGUAUUUCUUCUUCUUCAAGGUUUAUUACGCAAGGCCCAGUUAAGCUGUUACAAUCUCCGACUUUUAAACCAUGGUUUAUUGGUCCAGGAAUGAGUUGUGUGCCUGCAGGCUCCCUCCUUGCCCAUCCUCUUUGCUCCUGCUCUCCUGGGGCUUGCUUUGGCAAAGAUAUCCCGAUUUCCUAAAUCACACUUUCCUGUGAUACCAUAACCAGGAAAGUGUGGUUUGGCAGUGUCUUCAAACAGAUUGUGACUUCUGAACCAGGUUGAUAAGGUACUGUCUUCACUCUUUCUUCAAUUCCCUCUAUUUCUUUUCAUUGUUUGGUGUAACAACUACUCCUUUUGUGUAAUAACUACAGAAUACCAAUAGACGAGCGAAGAGAAUCCUGAUGUCCCAUACUACCAAUUAAGCUGUUGAAAAAUGUUACCUGCAAGGUUUCGCUUUAUGGAAUCUUGCAUAACUUUUUUAAAAAAACUUACUUUAGCACGAGCAUUUUCACAUAAGAGUAUUCUUCAGCAGCUCCAUUACCAUUGAGUUUGCACAUGCUGUGGAGUGUCUAGAUGUUAGAUUUAGUGUGUUGGCAAAGGAAGACUAAGAGCAGGAAAGCCUCUCUCUUUCACACUGGCAUUCGGAAUAGUCCUCUAAAUAGGAGAGGCUUCAGAGACUGAUUUGCAUUACCUUGCCCCCCAUGUGUUCAAGGUUAGAAUUUGUGACGUGCACCCAAGCUAACCACAGCCAGCCUGUCACGUAUGGAAAACCCAUCAAGAUGCUUGAAAGAUAUUUUGUUUCAUGCUACCUACCUGAAAACUGCAAAAAGAGGAUUAUCAGAUAGCUAAAAUGGGCUGCGUUUGGCUGGGAGGAUGAAUCACAAGUUGCUCAGGGCUGGGUGAGAGUAAGAAUCCUCCCCUUUUAUUGUACAUUAAUCAGUGGAUUUAGGGUUUUCUUCUGCUCAUUUUGGAUUUGAUAUCCCGCUUUAUCACUACCCGGAGGAGUUUCAAAGCGGCUAACAUUCUCCUUUCCCUUCCUCUCCCACAACAAACACUCUGUGAGGUGAGUGGGGCUGAGAGACUUCAGAGAAGUGUGACUGGCCCAAGGUCACCCAGCAGCUGCAUGUGGAGGAGCGGGGAAUCGAACCUGGUUCACCAGAUUACGAGUCCACCGCUCUUAACCACUACACCACACUGGCUCUCGUUUUACUUCACCACCACCUCCCAACUUGACCUGUUUCUGGUUGGCACCCCAGUAGUGACUCACCUUUUACCCUGCCAGAUGCUCUCCGUUUGUAGCUUAUUGUAAUCCUUUUGACACCCCAAGGGGCUCCUUUUUCUGUGACAUGUUUACCGGAUGUAUUCGGCUGUUCCUAAACAACUGCUAUCUCACUGAAAGCGGAUGAGGCAGGCUGGAUCUACAACCUAACUUUUAUAUCAUUGUCUAUUCCUCCACAGCACAAUAUAUUUUUGGGAUCUUCGAGCCCACAGGCCUACUCUCCAGCCUUCAAGUGAGAAGAAAAAGGAGGAUAAGCUGAUUUUGGCUCCGCCUGAUGUGCCUACUACCUUCAAACACCUGGAUCUCUGCUGGAGGCCUCUCAUUAAGGUAUGGGGCUGUGAAUUUAGGAGAGCCGCCAAGGUAUAUUGAUAGGGAUGAUGUGGCUACAGCAUAUAGUUUUAUUGUUAAUUUCUCCACCGUACCUUUCAAUCUCCUCAAGGCACUGAGGUUUCUCUCUGAGCAAUCUUAUGUUUCGGGAAAGAAUUAUUUAAAAUUGCAUGUUCAAAUUGUCCCACUCUGCAGCAGGUGGAUAAACAUGAUUUAUUUAAAAACAAGCCCUACCCAAUCCACACGUUCCAAAAGAAAAUGCAAACUGAAACGCAGCCAUUCUUCGAAAUUUGCACAGCUCUGAAUUUCGCAGUGCAAUUCUCCAGCCGGGGAAUGUGUACCCAAAAAAACUGCAUCCCUAGGGUAAAGUGUGCAUUCGUGAAAAUAGCAGGCACAAAUGCAUUAUUAUGGAGGGAAACCUGCAUGGAAAAUGGUGUAUAUUAGGCAAAAUGACAUAGGAAAACGUGUUCAUGGGGAGAAAUUCAUAGUAAAAUGCUGAUGAGUACACAUAAGGACUUUCCUUUUUUAAAAGAAAAUGCAAUCUGAUGUGGAAAUGGAAAGGAACUGAACUUAUGAAUGGAAAAAUGAUUUGGACAGCAAGUCCCACAGGGACUGAUGGGAGUCGUAGUCCAAAUCGCCCGGCAGGCACCAGGUUAGUGAGGGCUCGCGUGGCACAACUAUCGCAUCUGACCUCUUAUCUCAGCACCACUGAAUGUGUAAGCUGCCUUUCUGUCUGGUCACACCGGAAAGUUAUGUAACUUUUAACUCAAGUUUCUUUGUGGAGUAUAUGGUCCAACACUCUUUGUAUCUUAAAACAGGUGAACCUGCCCAAGACAGAUACAGGUGCAGAGUACAGCCCUAUAAAACUUAGCUUCAGAGAAGAGCAUUACCAUACCAAAAUUCAAGGUAUAUAUAUAUAUAUAUUUACAUUAUAUAUACACGCAUUAUAUAUAAAUAUGGACUGAUGCCAGCACAUCUCCCUCCACCUGGUUUCUACACCAUUCAGGGUUGCCCCGAACCCUCUGGGGAGAGGUUUGGGAGGGGGCACAGGAAGCUAAGCUUUCUGCUUGCAAAACCUCUGGACCCUACACUAUACCUGUAAUGUGGGUGCUUAUUAAAUCUACUUUUAGUGGAGAGAGGGAGGGAGCUAGGGGUGCAAACUUGAAUAUAAAAUUGGGGGCCCAGGUACACCCCACCCCACAUAAUCGAUCACAAGACAUGUCACACACACACCAUUUUAAUGGCAAUGCUCAUCAACAGGGGGAGGCUGAUUCCCUCAAAUAUUUUAUGGGGGGGUGUCCUUGUUCCCUAAGUGUUCGAGAGAGCACAUUCAUUAAAUGCCAUACAUGCUUCCCUCGGGGCAUGUCUAUUCGCCGUAACAUAACCUGGUGAAAUUGACAGCAAUUUCUCUCAUAAAACACGGAGAAACAUACCCAUUGAGGGUGAUAGAUAACAAUUCUCUAUUGAGAACUCCUCUAACUCAGGGGUGGCCAACUCCCAAGAGACUACAAACUACUCACAGAGUUAAAACUGGCAGUGAUCUACCCCCUGUUUUGGGGGGUUCAGGUCAAAUUUGCUGAGGUAUUUUUGGGAAGGGCGAAAGCCCAGUUUUUUAGGGGUUCAGGGCAAAAAUGUUGAGCUUUUCUUAGGGGAGACAAACUUGUUGAGCUGCUUUGGGGGAGCCAGUGAUCUACCGCAGAUGUCCAGUGAUCUACCGGUAGAUCACAAUCUACCUGUUGGACGUGCCUGCUCUAACUGAAUAAACUGCAGGACAAUGACAAUUCUGGAAUGUGGAUUUCCCACAGCUUGCCACGAGGCUUUCACCUUCUGCCCACCUGAGCAGGUGGUAGAUGGUAGAUGAAAGGCAUUAAUUAAUGGGAAUGAUUGCUGUGCUUAGUAGUUGUUGUUUUUAAUGCAAAACAGGUAAAAACGAUAGCAAUGAGUGAGUAGGAAUGUGGAAAGUUUCGAGAGUUUUUGUUUAUACGAUUUGCAUAGUGAUUUUAUCCACAUUCUUCCAAAGACAAAACACAGCCCCAAGUCAAACAGGAGGCACUUGUGGAAAAGCUGCCAUAUAGCGAGAUACAGGCCACGUCCAUGAAACCUCUGAAGCUGCUAGAAAAUGUCACCAGCAGCUUUUUUGUUGGGACUGAGGUAAGUUGGACAUUUGGGUGUACAAUUGUUGUUUACGGUGGGGGAGCUAAGAGAAGGAAAAGUAAUAACCACACCAUAAAGUGUUUUGUUUUUUUCAAAGCGCCUCUUAAACCAUCCCAACAUUUCUUCUGCAUUCUCUCAGUUUGCGGCCCAUCGUAAAAACAAGGCAUCAUGCAGGAAAUUGUUUUGAUUUUGCAAACACUUUUGUAUGCUUCAAAAGAGACCAAAGCUCAGCUAAAAAAAUAAAUAAAUUGUGACCAGUAUUUCACUUUAUGGCAUUGCAGGAUGGUGAAGUCCUUUAUACCGACUGGAAGAUGGAGAGAGAUGGGGACUCAGGAAGACUGCUCAGUAUGCUUUGAAUUUCUCUGGGUGGACAGGGAUUGCUGUGGGAUUUGGGUGGCUUUUGUUUUGGUUUUUUAAACUAACCAAGGACAACACAGUUCUGAAAAAAAUCUGCAUGUAACAGUUUCUUCAAUCAAUGUUAAUGUUACUCAACUGAACUGAGUUUAAUAGGAUAUAGUAGUGAGUUUGGCAUUAGAUAGGUGUUGCUGAGUAAAAGAGAGAGGGAGAGGUAGAAAAGGCGAAUAAAUGCUGAGAACACUACUACUAGCAAUGGGGCAUGGGGGAUAAAUUCAGUUCUCUUCGCAUUUCCAAAGCAAGAGUUAAAUCAAAACGAAACCACUGUUGAAAAUUUACACUUCCCCAAAUUGUGCUGUGUAGUUUUCCAGCCAAGCGAUGCUUUAAAAAGUGCAUGUCUUCAGGGUAAUAUUGCUUUGCCAAAACAUUUAUAUCAGGAGAAAUCACAUGGGUAUAUUGGCAGAAACUCCUCACAAAUUUUCAUAUGGACUUUAAAUUCUCUUCGCACACUGCAGCAAAGGUUUAUUACUCAAGGAGAUACAUGCAUGUAUUAUUGUGCUGCAGGGUUCAGAUGAGAACAGAUUAACAGAGGAUAUUUCAAAAACUAGAUGUAGGUAAAGGAACUAGUUAGAUUAGGUUCAGGGGCGAUGCGAGGGGGUUGCCUAGGUGGGAUGUCUGAGUCCUGGGAAUUUUUUGUGCAGGGAGGACCUAGAUUUCCUGACCCUCCUUUAAAAAAUAAACAAAAAACUUUUGAAAAACUUUGCUUAAAGGGCAGCAGGGCACAUGGCAAUGUGUGGGGCUGGUAAGACCCAAUCUACCUUCUUUAAUUUGCACAGAGGAACUAUAUGUAUUUGUGCAAAUAUGUGGCAUAUGGACCUGUACUUUGAGGCCAUAUUCACAUCUGCACACUUAUGCCACUUUAAACAAUCAUGGCUUCCUCCAGAAUCCUAGCAACUUUAGUUCAUUUUGAGUCCUGGGACUUGUAGCUCUGUGACGGGUAUCCUAGCAGUUUUUCUCUUUAUCCUGACCUCUUUAAAAGGCACAGAAUAGUCACUUACCAACUAGUUCAACACCUUGCAAGAGCCAGAUAAAAUGUGACAAAGAGACAAAUGUAUGCACAUACAAAACAGAGUCUUUCUCUCUCUCUCUUACUCAUAAGGUCAAAAGCCAUCCAACACGUACAUCAUCCAUGAUGGACUUGUCCAUACUGUACAGAGGUCUCCGUUUUUCAAAGACAUAAUUCUCACUGUUGGAGGCUGGAAUUUUGCAAUAUGGAAAGAAGGUGUCACGGUAUGUUCCUCUGGAAUGGGAAAUCCUUAAGAAAGGGGUGACAAGUCCAUUCCAAAUGUAGCACAAGGUGAUUCAGAAAGGUGUAAGGAACAGGUAGGAACGUGUUUUCAGCUGUUUGUUUGGGGGGGGGGGACAUUGACCUGUUUACCUAUUUCCUUUGAUAAUUCUUCAAGAGAAGUUUCCUGCGGAUUGUUUAUAUGUAUAUGACUCCUCUCAGUGAAUAUAACAGAAUAUUUUAAAACCAGCCAUGAUUCUCUAAUCAAGAGCUGUUAUAGCUCAAAACAUAUUGGAUAUUUUUUGCAAGAAACAAAAACAUGAAAACACCCCUAUUACUUGCACCUGUUUGAAUAAUGCUGUGCCCCACUGAUUCAGGACAUACUGAAGGAUAUUCUUCAGUUCCCCACAGGUGUAGAGGUUUCACUAUUUCAAUGUAUAUGCAUAAAUUCAUGAUGCAAGCGUAGCUUCUUCUGCCAGCAGAGUGGAAUUUAUCAGUGAUGAAUAUCUGAUGAAUUUAUCAAUUUAUCAUAUCCUCAUGCACCUGCCAUAAACUGAGGAUACAGAUCCCCAAUAAAUUUCUAUUUUAAUCUUCCUGUAUUCUUCAAUUGCGGUUAAGCUACCCAAAUAUAACAAAAUCCUUUAAAAAGCACUCUCACGUAGAAUUGCAACUGGUUGUACAAUGUGUAAGACUUGUCAACAUAAUGAUUAAAAGUUGAUGAAGAGUUUAAUGGGGAUUUCCCCGCAGCUCCCAUUUUAAUGGGAUGGGAUGGGAAAAGGCAGGAAUACUCAAAAAAAAGACAGGAAGAUGGAAGUGUUAGGUGAACAAUUUUAAUCUGGUAUUUGUUUCAUGCAACUAUUUUCCUUUUGGCUUUGCUUUUUUAAUGAAGAGCGGUCCCCUCCUUGAGUCAAGUUGCACAGCAAAGAGAUACACUGUUGGGCACUGGUCCUUAUCAAGGCCAGGUGUUUUCUUCAUUGGGAGAGAAGAUGGAAAUAUUGACAUUUGGGACCUGUUGGAGAAGACUCAUGAAGCGUCUCAGACCCAAAACGUCUGUAUUGCACUGAUUACUUGCAUCAAACCCUGGAUUUACUCUUGUAUGUCAGUGUACCGUAUUUCUUAUUUCCUUACUUUGAAUGUAACUUUGCAGUGGGUCGGCCAGGUUAGAAAGAAAGGCAAUGUUUAAAAAAAGGAAGGCAAUUCAAAUGGACAUAACUUGUAUCACAUGCACAGUUGGCCAUAAGAUGGCAAGGGAAAGGAAGAAUAGGGAAAGCAGCAAUGAAAUUUUGCCUAAGUCUGGUAGUCUAGCAUUACCCUCCGUCUUCAGCAGCUGAAAGUGGAAUGCGUGUUGAAAAAAAGGCCUUGGGUGAACUACACAUUACAAGCAGAUGCAUGAAACAGAGUCCAGGUGCCAUUUUUUAAAAUAUGAAAAGCUGCUUCAGGAGCCACUCCCAGGUGGCUUUCUAGGGAAAAUCAUUUCCUGACACCCCGUGUGGUUUCACAUUCCUGCUCUCCCCCUUGUUUUGUCAGCACCAGUUUCCAGCCUACCCAAAUGGCCUUUUAUUUUGUUUUUAAAUAGCACUGGGACUCAGUUGCACAUAUGUAGAACAUGUAGUUAGCUCUGCAGUCAGACACGUAGAGAGUUAAUCUUUUAUCUUUGGAUGUUAGAAGUCGUAACGUUUUAUUGUGAUAUUUCUGUACAGUAUGUAUGCACAAUGAGAUAUUUGCUCCUGCUUUUAGCUCUCUCGUGCCGAACCAUAGCUGUCAACCUUCCCUUUUUUUGCGGGAAAUUCCCUUGUUUCAGCGCCGUUUCCCGCUGCUAUCCCAGAUUGUUAGAUAUCCUGUAGACUGUCUCCGGGACAGGUGAGGCUACUGAUCCCUUAUUUUCAAAUCUGAAAGUUGACAGCUAUGUGCCGAACUCUGAACAAAUAGGCUUAUAAACUGUAUUUUGGGAUUCCAGUUUAAUAAGGUUUGGGGGAGGAGCAAAACAGGACAGGCAAGGUGGCUAGGAAGAACAUGCGAGAGAUUGAGUUCCCAAAUUGACCCUUACAGCUCAUUUGCUCUCUGCCAUAAAUACUAAACACAAAAAAAUCCUUCUGUGUUUUGUGUACAACUCCUUCUGCAUUCUCUGUCUUCUCUUGCAGCGAAGCAACACUUCUUAGCAGUAUCCGAUGACUUUGGCACCCUGCAUGUUUUGGAAAUUUCGUGGACAUUAAGCCACCCUUCCCUCAAUGAGGUUUGUAACAUGUUCCAGAAACUUGGCUGGGGAGUGGGGCAGGGGAGCCGCAAACAAGAUUCCUUGCAUGGGGUUCUAAGAGUUACAUGUUGUAGUUGGCUUGGCAUUGCAGGGGGUGGACUGGAUGACCCUUGGGGUCCCUUCCAGCUCUAUGAUCUGGUGGCAUAGCAGAAAAAAAUGGAUGUGCCAUUCAUUUAGACAAGGUAUGAUCGGAGGUGCAAACACAAUGGUUUGUUGCAUUUGUGUAACAGUCAUAUAUCACAAAGCUGGCAAUUGUGUAGUGAGGCUGGAAUAAUAAUAAUAAUAAUUUAUUAUUUAUACCCCGCCCAUCUGGCUGGGCUUCCCCAGCCACUCUGGGCAGCUUUCAACAAAAUAUUAAAAUACAGUAAUGCAUCAAACGUUAUGCAUCAAACAGGGCUGCCUUCAGAUGUCUUCUAAAAGUCUGAUGAUAACAGAACUCAAUUGGAAAACAGGCAAUUACCUUGGCCAGCCGCUUUGGUCGGGGAAGAAGACCUAAAUGCAGCCUCUGAUUGGCAUAACUGACAAACUUCUGGCGGCUGGAUUUAGGGAGAAACUACAUUACCAAGAAACUCAUUUGUUCUUUUCUUAAAUUAAAUUUUAAUCCCACUAUUCUUCUGAGCAGCUCAGACUAGGGAAGGUACAUGGCUUUCUCCCCCCCCCCCCCAUUUUUCCACACAUCUGUAAUAUGGAAACCUGGUUUGGCUCCCAUAGCUGGAAAUGGGGCAACUGUGUUUUUUUGUUGAUGGAUAUUUAAAAUGUCUCUGUCAUAAUCUAAAAAUGCCUUGGAAUAUCAGCGUUCUAGUGUCCUUCAUUACUUUGAGCGAGAAGUCAAACAUCUGGAGUUUUCUGAAAAGCGGCGAGAAUUCAGAGAGGAAGAAAGAGAGAAUAUGGAGCGUGAGAAUAUGAUGAAGAAAACGGUAAGAUUCUCUUAAAGUGACAAAAAAAGCUAGGAGUGCUAAGGUUUUGAAAAAUGUGCCUAUUUUUCAUGUAUUCUAUUUAUUUUCCAUUCCUUUAGUUUAUAAGCAGUCCAACCCUGUGCAGUGUAGGGCAGCUAAAUUUAACCAAAAUUAUAAUUUAAGGAAGGUUUGGUCUUCCUCUUCCUUCAUUUGGACGUUACACAAAACCAUGGUUUGUGAUAGCCACAGUUAGUACUAACAGUGCUUUGUAAACUGGCUUCAAUUAAUGGUUGGCUCCAGUGCUAUUUUUCUAUAAAAGGAGGUGCUGGAACUCACCAUGAACACCUCCCUUGUUCUCUUACAGUGGCGAUGAUGCUUACUUGAGGUGCCGGAACUGAGUUCUGGCUGGGGGGAAAAGACCCUCCACAAAACAUGGUUUCAGCAUUAAAAUAAGCAAUGGUUUUGCAUUGUGUCUGAACCCAGCCUCUGUGGGAAAUGCUUUUGGAAGGGCAUGUAUUGUAUGCCUUUGCCAAAAUGUAAUAACUAUAAUGUAAAACAUAAUAAACCAGAGAGCGGUGGGGAUUUACUGUUAUGUAGAGAUAGUAUUUGAAUUUGUAACUCACAGCCCACAAAGGCACAAACGAAUUUGUAACUCACAGCCCACAAAGGCACAAACGAUGGCAUCUGUACAAGGGCAUGUGACACGCCCUCCUCUAUGCCCCCCCAUCACAGAGAGGUCUGGAGGGUGGCAACAAGAAAACAGGCUGUCUCAGCAUGCUUUUCAUUAUGUUUUUAUCAUUGAUGUUUUGUAAUGUAUUCUUAAUGUUGCACACCAUCCUGGGAUAUUCUGAUAAAGGGUGGCGCUGUGGUCUAAACCACUGAGCCUCUUGGGCUUGCCAAUUAGAAGAUUGGCAGUUUGAAUCCCUGCGACGGGGUGAGCUCCCGUUGCUCUGUCCCAGCUCCUGCCAACCUAGCAGUUCAAAAGCACACCAGUGCAAGUAGAUAAAUAGGUACCGCUGUGGGAGGAAGGUAGAUGGCGCUUCUGUGCACUCUGGCACUCGUCACAGUGUUCUGUUGCACCACAUGACCCAGAAAGCUGUCUGUGGACAAACACCAGCUCCCUCGGCCUGAAAGCGAGAUUAGCGCCGCAACCCCAGAGUCGCCUUUCACUGGACUUAACCGUCCAGGGGUCCUUUAUUAUUAUAUCAUUGUCUACCUAAUAGGCUAUAUUUUAAGGCUUUGAGAAUUAACUUUCUCCCUCCAACUCAGAAAAUGUGUUUAUAACUUACCCCCUCCUUCCUUGCAGAGAGCGAUAGGUGGCCAGCGGUCAAGAGAAUUAAUGGAAGAACAGACAAAUCAAGAUUAUACAGAGUUUUUGGAUCUAGAGAAGACCAUUCUGACUCGUCUUGGGGUACUGAAGGUGCCAGACAGAUACGCCUCCAGGACCAACUAG